AUGGCUCCCCGAUUACGGUCCAUAGCCGCGCUUCUCCUCGCGCUGGUUUUGACGAUCGCAUAUCUCCAACCUGCUCCUCGAACCUCCGUCGAAGCCGGAAGUAGCAUACCGAAUCUGGACGAUCCGCAGAUAGACUUCGUGCCGGAUGAACAGCAGAAGCAGAACUACUGGGCCCAGGGAGGGAACGACAUCGUCCACGAGGUUUGGUCGGUCUUGCGAGACUUUGAGCCGACAUGGAAGGACAGCGUCUUGCCCGCGCCGUCCACCGGCCUCCUCGAGACGAUAUGGCACUACACCAAAGUCGUCUUCCGCGCUUUGUUCAUGAACGCCCCUACGCACCACGACGGAACCGAUGAUGAGAAAGACACACCGAGUAUCACAGGCGAUUUGAAGAAGGGAGUGGACACGCUCAAGACGGCCGCUGUGUUUGACGACCCGGAUGCCAUGUUUCUUCUUGCGGAGAUGAACUUCUAUGGCAACUUUUCGUAUCCCAGAAACUUCACCGAGGCAAUGGCUCGAUACCAGCAAUUGGCUGAUCUCGACGGCAACAAUACGGCGCAGUACAUGCUCGGCCUGAUGUAUGCGACGGGAAUUGGCGGGCUGGAAAGAAACCAGGCAAAGGCCUUACUGUACCAUACCUUCGCGGCGGAGCAGGACAACAUUCAAUCCGAAAUGACUCUGGCAUUCCGAUACCACUCCGGGAUUGGAUGCCCGAGAGACUGCAACAAGGCUGUUGACUAUUACAAGAGAGUGGCGGACAAGGCCAUGAACUACUGGCUGUCCGGCCCGCCAGGUGGACACUCAUUUGUGCGCAAUGCAUAUCGAUGGGUCGAGGUCGACGGCGGGAUCUACGGCGAGGGCGCCAGCGUCAGUAGCUCAGGCCCGAACGCGGCUCGGGACAGUUUCAGCGCCGCUCACGUCGAUUAUGUCCUGGAGUAUCUGGACAUGAGGGAACGGCAGGGGGAUUAUACCGCCAUGCUGACGCUCGGGAAACACUACUACGAAGCGCCGAGGGGGUACAAACGAAACCUGCGAAAGGCACAGCGGCAGUUCAUGAAGAUUGCCCGGGCAUACUGGGGUAAGGACGGAAAGGUCAACCCCAAAGCACCCAAGGGCAUUGAGAGAGUCGCCGGCAAGGCUGCAGCAUAUAUUGGACGCAUGUUUCUUCGCGGAGAAGGCAUGGAACAGAAUUUCGAAAAAGCCCAGACCUGGUUCAAGCGCGGCGUCGCCAACGGCGAUUCAUUCGCACAAUACCACCUGGGGCUGAUGUACAGAGAUGGUCUGGGUGUGCCUCAAGAUGGAGUGCGUGCCGGAACAUAUCUCAAGGCGGCCGCCGAACAGAGUCUACCGAUCGCGCAAUCCGCGUUGGGCGUUUUGUUCCUCGACCAAGGCGACGUCGAUACGGCCGGCCGAUAUUUCGAGCUCGCGGCCGGAGCAGGCGUCAUGGAAGCCUUCUACUAUCUUGCCGAACUGACGAACCAGGGCGUCGGACGCGAACGCAACUGCGGCCUUGCGACCGUCUACUACAAAGUCGUGGCGGAGAGAGCCGAGAUCUUGCAUUCCCCUUUCAUCGAGGCCAAUGCGGCUUACGAGCGAGGAGACUUCGAACGCGCUUUCGUCGCCGCCCUCAAGACUGCCGAGCAUGGAUACGAAAACGCCCAAGCGAACGUGGCGUACCUGCUGGACCAGAAAACGUCGGUCAUCUCGCUUCCAGGCAUUCCGCUGCUGUCGGCGACGAAACCGGGCUCGACGAGACGUAGCAAACUGCUCAACGAUCCAGAACUGGCCCUGGCAUAUUUCACGCGCUCGGCCAAGCAGGCCAAUGUCGACUCCUUGAUCAAAAUGGGCGAUUACUACCUCUCGCUGGCCUCCUCCUCCGCGGCCCAACAGCAAGCAAAAGGGUUGACAACGUUGUUCCUACACACUCGAAAGACGAGUCCCAAGAGCAGCGGCAGCGGCAACAGCAGUAGCACGGAAGUGGAAGCUCAGGCUCACUCGAACCUCGAAAAAGCAACCACAUGCUACACGACGGCCGCGGAAUCGCACCACAGCGCCCAAGCGCUCUGGAAUCUCGGCUGGAUGCACGAAAACGGCAUCGGCUCCGUCGCCCAGGACUUCCACAUGGCCAAACGCUACUACGACCUGGCGCUGGAGAUGAACAGCGAAGCAUACCUGCCCGUGACGCUGGCUCUGACCAAACUGCGCCUCCGGUCCUGGUGGAACGGAGUCAGUGGCGGCAAAAUCAAUCCUAUUCGCGAUGACGACGACGACGAUGACGAAGGUGGCAGUGCAGCGAGCAGAAAGAGACCCAAGACUUGGAGCGAGUGGUUGAAUCGCUUCCUCGAUGCCGCGGAGGAAAUGGAUGCCCAGGAAGCAGCGGCGGCUGCGGCAGCCAGGGAUCGUGACGACGACGAUUUCUUGGGCUAUGCGGCUGCCGAGCCGGGAAUGCCUGGUGGCGAUGCCGACUUUGCUGCUGCUCAGCCUGGCGGUGGCGACGGCGACGGCGCGAGGGAGAGACACACUGCUGCUGGCGCAGGACAGACCGGUGCACAGGAGCAGAACCAGUAUGGUGAAAACAAUGGAUAUGGUGCGGACGAGUGGGAUGAGUUCGAUGACGGCUUGGUCGAGAGUCUGAUCAUCAUUGCGCUGGCUGGGGCUUUGGCGCUUUUGAUCUACGCUCGUCAGGCGAGGCAGCGGGGUUUGGAGCAGGACAGGAGACAACAACAGCAGCAGAAUCAAAACCCGGCGCCGAGACAGGGACAGAAUGGGGCAGGAUUGUUCCCGCCGCCUGGAGAUCCGGAAUUCAAUAAUUGGGUCGUGGGCGGCAUUGGGCAUUGA